UCUCGUUUUCUUGUGUUUUGGGGAAGAUUGAUUGGAAACCCUUCUCCCCCCCUCUCUCUAUCGUGUUUUUCUUGUCCUCUCUCUCCCCAUACUUCCACCAUUCACGGACCCCACAAUUCCUCUAAACCCCUUCUUCUCCCCCUUCCUUCUCUCUUUUCCUUUCUCUCUCUCGCUGCAAUAAUGCCAGCCUCCUCCUCAGAGACUAGGAACAGGUGGAGGAAACGGAAGCGAGGAGAGCAGUCCCGAAAACCUAGACCGCAACCCCAGCACCAGCACGAUGAUGACGAUGAGGAUUAUGAAGAAGAAGACGAUGCCGACCUCGAUCAACAGAACCAGCAUCCCGAAUUUGAUGAUGACCACAGUAAUUCACCCGAUCCUACUGCUGCCACCGGAGCAGUAACUGAGGUCAUAUCCGAUGGCGCCGUUCGAAUCUCCACCUUCCCUUCUGUAAUCAAGCAUACGGUAAAUCAACACCAUUACUCGGUGAUUCAGAGUGUUGCCAGGGAGAGAGCUUGCCGAGCUGGAGACAGUAGCAAUGGUGGCAUGAACUGCGUCUUCUUGGAGAAUAUUUCUCACGGCCAGCUACAGGCGUUGUCUGCCAUGCCUAAGGAUGCUCCAGCUUUGACUGGCGGAGACUCAGAAGGGUCUUUUGUAAUUACACCACCUCCAAUCAUGGAGGGUCGUGGUGUUGUCAAGAGAUAUGGUUCAGAUCGAGUACAUGUUGUACCAAUGCACGCAGAUUGGUUUUCACCAACAACUGUAAACAGAUUAGAGAGACAGGCAGUGCCCCAUUUUUUCUCUGGGAAGUCACCAGACCACACUCCAGAAAAGUACAUGGAUUGUCGCAACCGAAUUGUUGCUAAAUACAUGGAGAAUCCAGCAAUGAGGUUGUCAGCUUCUGAGUGCCAUAGUUUUUUAGCUGGUGUUGAUGCUGAUGAUGUAACUCGAGUUGUAAGGUUUCUUGAAAACUGGGGUGUAAUCAACUACUGUGCUGCUCCACCAAAUCAUCAUGAACCUAGAAAUGAAGGCUCAUAUCUGACAGAAGAUUCAAAAGGAGAAUUAAAAGUGCCAGCAACUGCUUUGCGAUCUAUUGAUAGCUUAAUCCAAUUUGAUAAACCAAGAUGUAGGAUAAAAGCAACAGAUAUAUAUCCAGAAUUAGCUGUUGAUAGUGAUGAAACAUCUGAUUUAGACACAAGAAUUCGUGAGCUAUUAUCUGAGAAUAAGUGCAAUCAUUGCUCUAAAUCUCUUGGUAUUGUGUACUAUCAGUCUCUCAAAGAGAUUGAGUCACUAUUAUGCUUGAACUGUUACAAUGAGGGGGAAUUUGUUGCUGGUCAUUCAAGUCUGGAUUUUAUCAAGGUUGAUUCCACAAAAGAUUAUGGAGAUCUUGAAGCAGACAGCUGGACCAAUCAGGAGACAUUAUUGUUGUUGGAGGCUAUGGAACUCUUCAAUGAGAAUUGGGUUGAGAUUGCUGAGCAUGUUGGUACCAAAUCAAAGGCUCAAUGCAUCCUCCAUUUUGUACGCCUUUCUAUAGAUGAGACUCCUUUGGAAAAUCUUGAAGUUCCAACUGCUUCAAAUUUGCCCAAUGGGAAUUCAUGUGCAAAACCACAAUCAUAUGCAAAUGGGAAAGCAUCUAUUAUUGAAGACUCUGAAUUUGAAGAGAGAUUGCCAUUUGAAAAAUCUGGGAAUCCUGUAAUGUCUCAGGUUGCUUUUUUGGCAUCUGCAGUGGGACCAAGAGUGGCUGCAGCUUGUGCCCAUGCAUCAUUGGCAGCAUUGUCUGAGGAUGAUCAUCUAGGUGAUUUGGAAAAUGACGAAUCUGGGUCUGAAAAUAGGGUAAAUUCGGAAAACAUGAAUGGUCGUGCAGAUCCCAGAAACCCAAUUCAACAGAAAGAAGGUGAAGGAGGUAGUAGUAAUAUCAGUCCUGAAAAGAUGAGGGAUGCAGUAAGAGCUGGUCUUGCUGCUGCUGCAACCAAAGCAAAGCUUUUUGCAGAUCAUGAAGAACGAGAAAUUCAAAGGCUAUCUGCUAAUAUCAUCAAUCAUCAGUUAAAGAGGUUAGAGCUGAAGCUGAAGCAAUUUGCAGAAGUGGAAAGCUUAUUAAUCAAAGAAUGCGAACAGCUCGAAAGGGCAAGGCAAAGGGUCUCAGCCGAGCGAGCACUCACCAUCUCCUCCCAAUUCGCUGCUGGCGGCACAACCGUCAACAGACCAACCGGCAUGCCAGGUGUCGGCCCCUCAUUGCUCAACAACACCGCCGGACCUAGCCGCCAACCCGUCUCUGUCUCCGGGUCGCCAGGUCAGCCAUUUAUUUCAGGGUUCCCCAGUAACCACCACCCACAGAUGUCUCAUUCUCAACAGCAGCAGCAGCAACCUAUGUUUGGGCUGGGCCCACGCCUGCCCCUCUCGGCAAUCAACCCAUCUCCGCCAUCAGCCGCCCAUCCCAUGUUGAGACCCGUGUCGGGAAGUAGAUCUGGUUUUGAGUAA